AUGGUAAUUUAUUAUAUAGAGACACCUCCGCCCUCCCUAUUGAGUUGGACCCCCCCACCAUUCAACUGCAUUAAGAUCAAUGUUGACGCUGCACAUUCUGAUCUCAAAGCUUCCAUAGCUGCCGUGGCUCGCAACCAUGAUGGAGUAGUCAUCAAAGUUUGGGCAAAAUCUAUCCCCUUGUUCUCGCCUAUUCAAGCUGAAGCCACAGCUAUCCUUUGGGCUGCUCAAUUAGCCAUUUCUGAGACCUGGACUAACAUCAUCAUUGAAGGAGAUGCGAAGCUUUGUUUCGAUGCGCUCUCGUCUACACCCUCUUCUGCAAAUUGGUCCAUCAUGAAUAUCAUUGAUAACAUCAAGAGUCUGACCCCUUCCUUUGUUAGCUGCACUUUCUUGUGGGUGAGAAGACUUUGUAACAUCCCAGCACAUACUGCUGCUAAGUUAGCUCUAGCUACUGAUUUUUCCUUUUGUUUUAGUUCAAACAUUCUGCCUCCGCCCUUAAGGCUUGCUUGUAUGGCAGAUUGUCCUCUUGUUUCUUAG